CUACAUCUCACGACAACUACGACGACUACGAGCAAGCACAAAAGGGGACCUUGAUAAUGUCACUCAAAACCAUUCGCCCGAUCGUCUCGGCGCUCCGCCAAACCACCUUGCGAUCGCUAGCAACGGCAGCCCGACCCGCUCUCCCCGACUUUGAGGAUGAAGCAGGUCUUCCCGAACUGCAAAUCCCUUCCCCAGGGGUCUACCCAAAGACUGGCAGUAAUGUGCUCGAAAUCAAGAGCAAUCUGUCAUACCAUACCCUCGCGCAUACGAUGGCUAUCGUUCGAGCUGUGGAAGCGAAAUGUGGGCGGGUGGUAAACAUUUCGCAAUCCAGGUUUGCGGACAACCAACGUGCCCGGCCCAUCUUCCAAGUGACCGUCCUCAACCCCGUCCUCUUCGACAAACCGCUCAUCCUCGAGAUCCCCCAACCGGAUCUCUCCACCUCUCCUCGAAUGACCCACUACGGACCUUCACUCCGAUCUGUCCAAUCGGCACUCUCUGCAUCUUCGUCCUCGGCCUCCUCGUUUGGGAUCAGAAAGAGAAAAGACGCCAGCGCCACGGCCGAAGACGUGGUUUCGUCCACCUUCACCGCGACCGUAGCCCUGGGAACACCGUUGAAGCAACGUCUUCGACCUCGAAUGAAGCAUCGGGAGAGGGCACCAGCCAAACACGACAAGGAUCAAGCCGGUCGGUGGGCACGGGAAGAUGAGGCGAUCAGGAACGUCCUCGGAGGGGGUUUCAAGGGAUUUUAUGGAGGGUUCGAAGAGCUGAGCCGGUCAGUUGAGCUGGAGCAGCAGAGGAGACGGGAAGCAGGCUUGGAUAUGGAAGAAAAGCAGGAGGAAGUUCAGGCCGAAGAGGUUGAAGAGGUGGACUCGGUCGACGAGGGCGUUUCGGAGGGUGAUUUGUUGCUGGACAAGGCGCUUCUGGGCAAGGUACGGAUACCAGAGGGGUCUGCAUCGGCCGCUUCCAGCGCUGCUACUGCCCCAUCGUCUUCUACUCCGACAUCUUCGACGACACCUUCUCCCACCCGAACCGCCACGCCAUCCACCUCGACAUCGUCAUCGACACAGACUUCCCGACCUUCCCCUCGCGAACCGCCCGCACCCAAACAACCCACUGAGAGCAAACAAGACCGUCUCGCUCGUCUCAUCCGCGAACGGCAAUCCAACCCCAACAACUCCGACCUCCCUCCGCUCAAUCUCAACUCGCGUUCCGCCCGAGCGUUGAUCAGGGGUAAAGAGGACGUCUAUCAAUCGUUCCUCGAGCAAAAGGCUGAAAAGUCGAAGCAGAAGAGUCUGCGGAUGAAGGAAGCCUCGGACAGGAAGAAACAGGAGGAGACGGCCAGAGGGGCUCUGGGUGCGAUCAAGCAUUGGUUUGGGUUCUAGGCGUGGUGGCGGGGUGUCGCGAUUGACUCACGGGAGAAGAGGCAGGGUACAGGUGUGAAACCAGCUGUAUUGGGCUGCAGCGUUCAUAUUCGGGGUGUCGCAUGUAUGAGUUGCAUUUUACGAAACAAUCCAUGGCAUUCAUCUGAGCGCAGCUGAGUCAUCAAGCUUCGGAUAAUGAGCUCGUAUACCAAUGUAUAUAUACAUGAUGUCAUGUGGAAUGGGGAGGCGAGCAGACAUCCAACCGAACUGA